GUUAUGUCCCAGUCAAACCACCUGCGUCUCGAUCGUCGUGAUAACGACGGAGACCAGCGUCACCGAACGACCUCGCGAUCCCCACUAGGAUCUAAUUUUUCCUGCAGCCUCUUUCCCGCACCCGGAAUUCGUAUCGAAACGGGACUCGCGUUGCCGUAAUGCUCCAGAAUGCAACUGCCGAAAUUUCAACACGAUGAUCCCGGCCCAGAUAUUCCGCCUGAUUCACACAAACGGCUUGCUCUGGCAGGCCACAAACAAGACCCGGCUGGCCAAACUGCGCAAGAAGACCGGCUACACAUUUGCGAACUGCAAAAAAGCCCUAGAGCUGCAUGAGAACGACGUGGACAAGGCUGAAAAGUGGCUGAGGGAACAGGCGCAGCAGUAUGGCUGGACCCAAGCGGCCAAGCUUAAGGGUCGCAACACCAGUCAAGGACUGAUCACGGUUACGGUGGACGGGUGUCACGCUGCGCUGGCCGAAAUCAACUGUGAAACCGACUUCGUGGCGCGAAACAAGAAGUUCCACAGCCUCGCGGAAACAGUGAUCUCCGCUGUACUGGGUCACGCGAGAUCCCAGGAAAUUCAAAACGAUGUGCAGCGGAUUAUUUUUCACGCUGACGUUCUCAAAGAUUUGCCAGCCGCGGACGGCAAACUUCUCAGCGAUCAUUCCGCCCUGGCGAUUGGCAACGUGGGCGAGAAUAUCAGUCUGAGACGCGCCCUGGCCAUCAGCGUGCGAUCACCGGACGUAACGCUGUACGGCUGCACGCAUCCGGCACCGAUGAAUCCAAUACCCAUGUCCUUUGGCAAAUAUGGCGCCCUUGUGGCCAUUAGAUGCAAGGAGAAUGACAAUAUGCUGGGCACGCAGCUCUGUCAGCAUGUCAUCGGCAUGGACCCGCAAAAAAUUGGAAACCCGCAGGUGGAUGAGCCACAUGACAACGUGGACGAGGAGCAAUGCAUGAUCUACCAAGAGUUUUUGCUCGAUCCUAAUCUCUCUGUACAGCAGUUAUUGGCAGAAUCAAACGCUGAGAUUGUUGACUUCGCACGCUUCGAGAUCGGCGAAGAACUUGAAGAGCCGCUCAAGACCGUACACAAUUGUGCCUGAUGAUUGCAAUCUCCGUGAAUAUUUUAUUUUGUAUUAUCUAUCAUUAAUAUAAAUUUUCAGGAUGACAGGAUGACACACGACGAUAAUUGUGGUUUUUGUUAUAAGAUCAAAGAGAAACGAAAGGAUGCGAAGACAAAUUAAGUUAAGAACAAGCGUUUGAACAGAUUAAUGAUCAUUCAGUUUUAGUAUCUAUUGUACAGUAUCGUAUUAAUGUAAUAAAAUUCAUAAUAGUCUAGUUAAAA